CUUCAGUCUUGGAAGAAGGAACUAAAAAUAUUGGGGAUGUGAAGACUAUAAUGGCUACAAAGCAAAACCGAGGUUCACCCGUAGAACGAUCGGACAGAGAAGCCGGCGAGAGCAAGGCAGUCAUCGAGCGCCUAUGUGCCAACGAAGCUUCCGAGAUCCUCAUCUUGAAGGGAACUGAGAUUGAGCCGGUGGAUACAAGUCCGCCUGUAAUGUUAAUGAAGGUCUCAUACGAGCUAGCACAGAAGGUUCAAGCCCAGAUUUCAACCGGCCUGGCUUAUCGGCACGAAAGAAACAUGUCUAUGUCGAAAUUGGACAAUGAUCUGAGAACGGACGGGUUGGUGCAAAAAUCCAUCGAUAUUAGAUUUCAAGGAAUCCAGAAGCCCGACGAGGGCCACGGGCCCACUCCGCAGGAAUGUGCUUUGGCCAAGCGCUUAGAGCAAGAAGCGCAUAAUACCAACCUCGAGAUAAGACUCACUGAGCAGAAGAAGAAAACCCUAUCGCGAGAUGUUGAACUUGCCCGUAAGACGUGGGAGGAUACUGCGAUGACGGUGGUGGAUGCCCUACAGGGUAUUUUCGCCAGAUGCGGGUUAUUCGACGAUGCUGGGGGCGUAAAUAGGCCUGCUGUCGUGCAGCAAGUCGAUGAGAGUAGGGCGACGAGUGGAUGUCUCGUCGUGCCACAACUCGACGAGAGGAAGGGCUCUAAGCUUUCGCCGGAGGAGAAUCAAGCCACUCAGAAGGCAGUAAAUGAUGGAUCCAUGAGCACCAAUCAGGCUGUGAUUAUCGUUAGAGUGGCUAAAGCUCGGAGAGAGAAGCGCGAGGCCCAAAGAGAGCACGACGAACAUCGCAACACUUUCCGACGAGGACUACUCGCGGCACGUGUUGCCGCUGCUGCUGACCGACCGGAUGCACCCAAUCGCCUUAUAGAGGAGGAAUUCAGCCGCGACUAUGUGCGCGCUGGCAAUAAACUUACUGAAGCGGUGACCCACGCAGAAGCGGCCCAUGAAGCUCAGUUGGCAGCUGCAGCAGAAGCGGCAGUCUCCAUCAUAGGCUCAGACGAUGACAUGGAACCAAACUUCCCAUACGAUCUUGAGGAAUACGCAGCAGUCAAGAAGAAGUGUCUUGACCGAGACGCCGUCCAAGAACGGAUUGAAGCAUUUGAAGCAAGCUCCAAGCCCAACUUGCGGCCUUUGGGGUACCUACUGCACAUGGCACAGAAGUGGCAACGGGCAGCAGAGGCAGAUGACGACGUCUCGAGCUCAGGAGAGGAAUCAGUGUCGAUUGCCGGCGUCGAGCCCCGCAGAGAGAUGACACAAAUGCAAGACUCUGUGCUGAAGCCGGCAUCAAAAAGUAAGUCCUGGCACACGGAGCCGUACUGGAGCUUCAGCGACUGCGCAGAGGGGAAGAAACGGCGGCGGAUCGACGAUUAGACGC